GUCGUGUGGCAUUUCCGUAAGAGUAAGACCCAAGUUCAAGGGACGCUCUUUGCUUCGUUUGGCACCAACCCUUCCACGCGUUUCUCUACCCUUUCAUUUGUUUAGCCUCAUAUCCCCACAGCACUUUUGGAAUUCGUUCAACAACUCCCAGAACGAUUCCUUGCUGAGACAUUUUCGUCUCUCCCCUUCGUCCUUCAAUUCCCCAUUAUUCCUCUCUGCGAUCUCGGGUUAGGGGUUCACGCAGUCCAAAUGGCUGUGUCAACCAGCUUCUCCGGUGCCAAAUUGGAGGCCUUAUUGCUCAAAUCUUCUUCCCCGGCGUCGAGGGCUUCCGCUGCUCCCCGUUUAUCGGAUUUUGGCAAACCCGGUGCAAUCAAGAGGACCCUGAUUCAGAGAGGAAUAAUUCGCUGUGAGGCUGCUGUUCCUGAGGUAUUGAUCAAGGCCGAUGAGCCGAGCAAUGGUAACAGCGUCUCUGCUCUCGAGCAGCUCAAGACUUCUGCUGCUGACAGAUAUACAAAGGAAAGGAGCAGCAUUGUGGUCAUUGGGCUCAGUGUGCACGGUACACCUGUGGAAAUGCGAGAAAAGCUUGCCGUUCCAGAAGCAGAAUGGCCUCAAGCCAUCGGAGAGCUGUGUAGUUUGAAUCAUAUUGAAGAAGCGGCUGUUCUGAGCACCUGCAACAGAAUGGAGAUAUAUGUUGUUGCUUUGUCUCAGCACCGUGGUGUCAAAGAGGUCACUGAAUGGAUGUCGAAGAAAAGUGGGAUCCCUGUUUCCGAGCUUUGCCAGCAUCGGUUCUUGCUUUACAAUAACGAUGCUACACAGCAUCUUUUUGAAGUAUCCGCAGGUCUGGACUCUCUUGUAUUGGGAGAAGGUCAAAUCCUUGCGCAGGUUAAGCAAGUAGUUAAAGUUGGACAAGGCAUUAAUGGCUUUGGGAGAAAUAUCAGUGGGCUAUUCAAACAUGCAAUUACUGUGGGGAAGAGGGUCAGAACUGAAACCAAUAUUGCUGCUGGUGCAGUUUCUGUAAGCUCAGCUGCUGUUGAAUUGGCCUUGAUGAAGCUACCUGAAUCCUCUCAUGAUAAGGCCAGGAUGUUGGUUAUUGGAGCUGGCAAGAUGGGAAAGCUUGUAAUCAAACAUUUGGUGGCUAAAGGUUGCUCUAAGAUGGUGAUCGUUAAUAGAACUGAGGAGAGAGUUGCAGCGAUCCGUGAAGAAAUGAAGGAUGUUGAAAUUAUAUAUAAACCCCUUGCAGAAAUGCUCUCCUGUGCUGGUCAAGCAGAUGUCAUUUUCACCAGCACUGCAUCAGAAUGCCCCUUGUUCUUGAAAGAUCAUGUCCUGGACCUUCCUCCUGCAAGUCAAGAUGUUGGAGGGCUUCGUCUUUUUAUUGACAUCUCUGUUCCUCGGAAUGUUGGUUCUUGUGUCUCAGAUGCUGAUUCUGUGCAAGUUUACAAUGUCGAUGACCUCAAAGAGGUUGUGGCUGCUAAUAAAGAAGAUCGGCUAAGAAAAGCAAUGGAAGCUCAGGCAAUCAUUGCUGAGGAAUCAAAACAAUUUGGAGCUUGGAGGGACUCUCUGGAAACCGUUCCCACGAUCAAGAAAUUGAGGGCUUAUGCCGAAAGAAUCAGGGCUGCUGAGCUAGAGAAAUGCCUAAGUAAGAUGGGAGAUGAUAUCCCAAAGAAGACAAGGAGAGCUGUGGAUGACCUAAGCCGGGGCAUAGUGAAUAAGCUGCUCCAUGGUCCAAUGCAGCACCUGAGAUGUGAUGGGAGUGACAGCCGGACUCUAAAUGAGACUCUUGAGAACAUGCAUGCUUUGAAUAGAAUGUUCAGCCUUGAGACUGAAGUAUCAAUUUUGGAGCAGAAGAUUCGAGCCAAGGUGGAACAAAAUCAGAAGUAAUAUCUUAUCUCAUUCCAAUUUCACUGAUCACACUUGUUUAUUUCCUCUAUUCAGAUAAGGGGAAACACUCUCGUGGGUAAUCUUCAGCUGCAUAACUGAAACAGGAGAAACCUCCCCGGGGGACUUCAAUGCGUAGUUGUUUCCUAGUGUCUGCUUGGCGUAACUUGUUUGGGGUUUUGGGUUUUUCUCAUGUGUACACUGUUAUUCUGUUGCCAUGUUGACUGUACUACAUCACAUGAAGGAAUUGUAUUGGCGAGCGAUGUUUCCCUUUGUAUCGAGAAUACUAAUUGUAAUUUAGUGAGGUCACAUACUGAGAUGAGACUGGUUUUGAACAUCUUCCUUGAUGCCGGUUCUCCUCCCUGGUUAUUCAAGGAAAGAUUUCACGUGCUCUCUAGAUUGUGUAUACAAUAAUGCAGCUAACUAGUAAAUUAAAAUCAA